AUGAACUUUUUGCCAUCUUUCAUUUUAAGCGACGAAUCAAAGGAGCGCUUCAACAAGAUCCUCGACCUAACACAAAGAGUUGCCCACUAUGGUUGGAUCCCAUUCGUCCUAUAUCUUGGCUGGGCCCAAACAGCUAACAAGCCAAACCUAUUCAACCUACUUUCCCCAUUGCCAAGUGUUUAA